GCCUACGCUGUGGCAGAGAACAACAUCGCCACCGCCGUCGCCACCGCUGUCGCCAACGUGGCCGCUGGGGGAGACGCCACCGCCGAGGCCUACGCAGCAGCCGAGGCCUGCGCACUGGCCAUCGCGGAGGCCUACGCCAGCGUCACGAUCAACAUCGAGUCCACCGGCAACAGCGAGGCCUGCGCGGAGGGCGAGGCCACGGCCUACGCCGCCGCCACCGCCUUCGCGCAGGCCUACGCCCAGGCGCUGGCCGUCGCCUGCGACAGCUACGACGUCUGCGGCACCGGCGCUGCUGACGUGGAGGCCAUUGCGACGGGAACGGCAGAGGCAUUUGCGACCGCUUACAACCGGGGUUGCGUGGAGGGCACGGGCACUGUGUUGCUCGAGACCGAAUCGUUUGCGCAAUCCAUCACUGAAAUCUACGCUACCGCCCUCGCCGGUGCCUUUGGCGCAGUAUCCGAUGGUGAGCCCGACUUGCUACCCUCCUUUCUAAUCUCUUGA